GAUGAAGCCAUAAUCACAAAGUAUCGACACCAGUAUCGGCUGCUGUAGUGUCCUGUCCCCCUUUAGAGCUUUCGAUUCUGGUCCACCAGUUCACUCUCCUCUUCGAUGGCUACCUUUUCUGAUUGUUCCACUAUUAUCUCUCUCGACAAUAUUAACCCCAGGAUCUUGAAGUGUGAUUAUAGUAUUCGUGGAGAGAUUGUGACCCUUGCCCAGAGUUUAGAAAAAGAGUUGCAAGCUAAGCCGGGAUCACAACCCUUUGAUGAGGUUCUUUAUUGUCACAUUGGAAAUCCCCAAUAUCUAGGUCAACAGCCAAUAACAUUUUUCCGACAGGUUCUUGCAUUAUGUGACUAUCCAGCCAUUUUGGACAAACGUGAAACGCAGGUUUUGUUCAGUGCAGAUGCCAUCGAGCGAGCUUCAAAGAUUAUAGAUCAAAUUCCUGGAAAAACCACUGGCAUUUACAGUGACGCACAGGGUAUUAAGGGAUUACGUGAUACAAUUGCUGCUGGAAUAGAAGCCCGUGACGGUUUUCCUGCUGAUCCAAAUGAUGUUUUCUUGAUAGAUGGUGCAACUGCAGGGGUCCAGAUUAUGAUGCAGUUCCUUAUAAGAUCGGAAAAGGAUGGAAUUCUUUGUCCCAUCCCUCAGUACCCUAUAUACUCUGCUUCAAUUGCUCUACAUGGUGGCUCUCUGGUUCCUUAUUACCUAGACGAAGCAAAAGGGUGGGGAUUGGAAGUUUCUGAGCUCAAGAAGCAAUUGGAUUAUGCCAAGUCUAAGGGUAUUGCUGUCAGGGCAUUGGUUGCCAUAAACCCAGGCAACCCGACCGGUCAGGUUCUUGCUAAAGAUAAACAGUGUGAAAUUGUGGAGUUCUGCAAGCAGGAAGGGCUUGUUCUUUUGGCUGAUGAGGUUUAUCAGGACAAUGUGUAUGUUCCAGAGAAGAAGUUUCACUCGUUUAAGAAGAUCUCAAGGUCCAUUGGAUAUGGAGAAAAGGAUAUUCCUCUAGUAUCUUUUCAGUCUGUAUCUAAAGGAUAUUAUGGGGAAUGUGGAAAAAGAGGAGGUUACAUGGAGGUCACUGGGUUUGGAGCUGAUGUAAGGGAACAAUUAUACAGAGUGUUUUGUGCUAAUUGCUGUGCUAAUAUCCCUGGUCAAAUUCUUGCAAGCCUUGUUAUGAGUCCACCCAAGGUGGGUGAUGAAUCCUACGAGUCUUAUUGUGCGGAGAGAGAUGGAAUACUCUCAUCCUUGGCAAGGCGUGCAAAGGCAUUGGAAUAUGCAUUCAACAGUUUGGAGGGCAUAACGUGCAACAAGGCGGAGGGAGCAAUGUAUCUUUUCCCAAGUAUUCAGCUUCCUCAAAAGGCAGUCAAAGCAGCAGAAGCAGCAAACGCAGCCCCAGAUGUGUUCUACUGUCGUCGUCUUGUUAGUGCCACUGGAAUUGUUGUUUCUUCUGGUUCCGGCUUUGGCCAGGUCCCUGGUACUUGGCAUUUUAGGUGCACCAUAUUACCUCAAGAGGAUAAGAUUCCAGCGAUUAUCUCCCGUCUGAAAGAGUUCCAUACGAGUUUCAUGGACGAGUUUCGUGACUAACAGAUCUCACCAUCCAUUGCCUUCAAGAGAUAGAGCUUCAUAAUAAGGUGCAACCAGCCAAUUUUCAUGUAGAGACAUGAAUAUUUCACUAGGGCAGUUCCCAGUUUUUAUGUUGAAGGAUGGUGAGUCAUUGAUUGAAUCUCUGUAAAUGUCUGAACUAGUUGAUUUGUCAACUAACUUAUUCUGAAAACUUCAGAAAUUCUUAAUCACCUCUGAUCUUUGAUCUAACUGAGACGGUGAUUCUACUGCUAGUCAAUCAAAUUUGAACACAAUCUUGUAUUUGAGGUUAUGGAGGUUAGGAUAAAUUGGAGAUGUUUGCAGGGGAAUUAGGGUCCCAAACAUCCCAUCCUUACCAAACUUUUUUUUUUCUUUCUAGAUGCCUUGUUGACUCUUCCAACUCAAAA